GUCUCGGUGAGCCCGUUUAAAAGCUCAAAUGUGAGAUGUUUUCUCUGGUGGGUCCCGAAGGCGACCAUGGCUGAAACUGACGGGUGCUACGGGUUCCUGUGCUUCCUGGGCGGCUGCACGGCGCUGUAUUUCCUGCUGAGCUGGUCGUGGGGAUGCUGGAAAGGGUUCAAGUCCUACCUGCUUUCCAAAAUUUGGCAGACGGAUGUGAGAAAGUUCGGCCAGUGGGCAGUGGUCACCGGCGCGACAGCAGGUAUCGGCCUGGCCUACGCCUUGGAGCUGGCAAGGCGAGGCUUGGAUGUUGUCCUGAUCAGCCGUUCGGGGGAGAAGCUCCGCAGCGUUGCCAAAAAAAUAGAAUCACAAUAUGGACGACAGACACGUGUCAUUCAGGCUGAUUUCUCUGAAGGCGACUCCAUCUACCCAGCCAUUGCACAGCAACUCAAAGGCUUGGAGAUCGGCGUUCUGGUAAACAACGUUGGUAUGACCUAUGCUGGAAAGCUUGUGCAUUUUUUGGACGUUCCUGACCCAGAACAGACGAUCACCAAAGUGAUCAACUGCAACAUCCUGUCUGUCACACAGAUGAGCAGACUGAUUUUGCCACACAUGGUUGAAAGAGGUAAAGGACUUAUCAUUAACAUGUCAUCAGAAACUGCUUCUCAGCCACAGCCCUUGAUCACAGUGUACUCGGCUACAAAGAUAUUCGUGACAUAUUUCUCUCGCUGCCUGCAUGCAGAGUACAGGUCACGCGGAAUCACUGUUCAGUGUGUGUCUCCAUUUGUUGUAAGCACUAAUAUGACCUAUAAUAUACCAGUGAAUCCUCUGGUGGUGAGUGCAGCUUCGUUUGCCAGAGACGCUCUCAACACCGUGGGCUACAGCUCAUUCACCAGCGGCUGCCUUACACAUGCACUGCAGCACAUCGCUCUGUCCAUCAUUUUCCCAGCCUGGCUGCGUCUCUCUCCAUUCUGCCUGCGCCGGAUGGAGAAACUUGCACAGAACAUUAAGCCGCUCAUCGAGGAGAGAGUAGCACAGAACUACAGGAAAGAGGACUGACUCACACACACGCACAUCUACUAUAAACAAGUGGAAACCAGUACACACACAAAUAACCUCUAAACCUUUUUCUACACUGUAAAACACCCGUAAUGAAGAAGCUGCUGUUACACUUGACCACGUAUCAUCUACAGUGCAUACAUUAUGAUUUCCAGACAGUAUAAACAAGCCCAGCUUUUCGGAUUCAGAGUCCUUUAUUGAUCCCAGGGGGAAAUUUUAUUUAGAAUUUUUUAGAUUAAAGCUACUUUACAAUAUCAGGCUCAGUGUUAAGCAGCAAUGAAGCAACAUCAGUCUUCAGUGUUCAGGUGGUGUUGGGCUUUGAUUCCUCACUCUGUGCCAUUUAUGAGCCGCAUAAGAAGAGACAGUAAAACAUGGGACAAGUAGAAGAGCAAGAACUAUAUAGUCUGUUUAUUGUGUGUUUUCUCAUGGAUAACGUGUGACAGAAUAUGAAUUAUUUUUCAUACUUCUUUGAUGAUAUGCUAUAUAAUGAACAGAAAAGCAUCACAAUAUAGCAAAUUUAUUAUGUUAAAUUACACAAAGUACAUGAGA